AUGGAUGGGCAGCCGGAGGGCAUAAGGGACUCCGACAGGCACGAAACGCCGAGGUCUCGUGGCUAUCCUUCGCUUCCCUUCGGACCGGGCAGCUCUCCGGCGUCCUGGGACCCGGAAGACGAUGGAGACACCCGUGGCCACGACGAUGAAGGCGAGUCCUUCAUGGAUGCUGGGAAGUCAUCGGAGGGCCGGAAGAUGUACUUCCGAACGCUGGACGAUUCCAUGCGGGAGCAAGGAGUCCUGGACAGCGGCGCAUCCCUUGGAUCGUCCCAAGGGGUGUCCCUGUCCUCCUUGGGCAUCGGCUCCAGCAACCGCGCCGUUCUCCGGAGCUCAGAGGUGGCGGAGCCAAGUGACUCGACGAAGCGAGGUGAGACCACGCCGAAGAAGGCCACCACUGCGGCCGCCUCUGGCGCCUCGCAGCGGAACCUCCGCCGCGCCCGGCGCCGCGCCGCACGCCGGGGCGAGGUGUUAGGUGUGGACGCCGAGCCCGGAGGUUGCGUGGUGCUCAUCCGGGAGGACUGCCGCUUGCACGAUAACCCUGCUCUGCAUGCGGCGGCCGAGAUGCACCCUUGGGUGGUCCCACUCUAUGUGCACGAUGAGGACGACCCAUCACCCUGGCCCGUUCGCGGCGCGGGUCUUUGGUGGCGGUACGAGUCGCUGAAGCACUUCGACGUCUCGCUGCACUCGUUGGGCAGCCGGAUCAUCUACCGGAAGGGAAAUCUGGUGGAGCAGGUCAUGGACGUCUUAUUGGCGACCGGCGCAUCGGCUUUGCACUUCAACCUCCAGCUGGAGCCCUGGCAUCACCAGCGAGACAAGGAGCUCGAGUGCGCUGCGGUGGGAAGCCUGGGCAUUGACGUGCGAACGUUCACCGCCAUGGUCAUGAAGUUUGAGCCCUGGGAGGCACGGCGCUCCAAGGACGAGGGGCCUCGGCCGCGCCGGGAGCCCUUGGAGGCGGUGCGACGCUUGAGUUCUCCGCCGGAGUGGCCCUGGUCCAUCCCGCUGGAGGGCCUGGGAUAUGGGCGCACAGGCGGGCGCAAGAUUCCUCCCAACUUCCGGCAGUUCAACGAGAAGAGGCAGGCUAUGUUGGCCGCCGGCUUCGCUGUGCCGGAGGAGGACGACUGGGCCUACGAGAUGCGGAGGUUCUGGCCCAUGGGGGAGGCUGCGGCCAUGCGGCGGCUAGAGGAAUGGCUCAAGGAUGCCGCCUGGGGCUGCUAUUUCCCGCCAGGCCUCCAUCCACGAGAUGACGCUGGCGGCCGCUUUCGGGCCGACAAGGCCUGGACAGCCAUGCUCAGCCCAUACCUCCGCUUCGGUGACCUCUCCGCGCGCUACGUGGAGUGGCGCACGUGCCAGGUGCUUCCGCAAGAGUUGCGGCAGCUGUUCCUGAAGCGCGUGGUGUGGCGAGACAAGGCGUACUCCCAGCUCUACCGCUGUCCGGACUCACACUCUGUGAGCAUCCGGCCCCAGUACGAGCAAGAGGCUUGGAGCGGGACGCGGCUGCAGCUGCGGCGGUGGCAGCGUGGCGAAACAGGCUAUCCGCUGGUUGACGCUGCUAUGCGCCAGCUAUGGAAGGUGGGCUGGAUGUGCAAUCACUUGCGCCACGUCACGGCGCAGUUCCUCAUUGAGCACCUGGACUUGAGCUGGAAAGAAGGGUUUGCCUGGUAUGACUACACUUUGGUGGACACGGACGUCGCCAUCAACGCCAUGAUGUGGCAGAUGGGUGGCCAUUCGGGGAUUGGAUCCUGGAACUUCGUGAUGCAUCCAAUCUAUGCGGGCAAGAAGGUGGACCCGCAAGGGAGUUACGUCCGCCGCUGGCUCCCCGAGCUCCGACACCUUCCGACCGAGUACAUUCACUGUGACCAGGUGAGAACGGGCGUGGGCAUCUUUGCCCGCCUUAGUCCUCUGAGUUGGCAGACUGCCGAAGACUGA